AUGAAGACAUGUUGGGCAAAGACCAUGGCGACUCUCCUCCCGCCUCCCAAACGCCAGAAACUCUACCAUGGCAUCACUCCUCCCACUCCAUCAAUCCCCACCGACGCCCCGAAGCCCAAUGUAAUCGUACAAUUUGUCUCUGAAGAUAAUGGCGAAGUUUUGGCACCAGCAGUCAGUAUUCCUGCUGAUCUCUCGCGUGAAGCGAUGGAAGGGCUGUUGAACAAGCUAAAACCAGAGGACGACCCAGUUCCGUUUGCCUUCCACGUCCUGCUCCCCGAAUCGACAGCAAGCAAAGAUAAAACUCGGAUACCAAUCGGAGCAUCCAUUCACGCGGACAUUCUUGCCCACCCACUCAACUCCCAGCACUUCACCGAUGAAGAUGUAUUCGUCGUGCAUUGCGCGCCACAAAGCGUCUUUCGAGUUCGACCACCAACGCGAUGCUCAUCGACAUUAUCUGGCCAUGCAUCACCAAUUCUUUGUGCUUCAUUCUCUCCGACUGGAACGCUCCUUGCAACUGGUGCAGGCGACACUACUGCUCGGCUAUGGAACUUGGAUACAGAACUUCCAUCGCAUACCCUUACUGGCCACAAAGGGUGGGUUUUAUGUGUUGAGUGGGAAGCGAUGGAGAGGAAACUGGCGACGGGAGGUCAUGAUGGACAUGUCAUUAUAUGGGAUCCCAAGACCGGAAAACAAUCCGGAGACGCCUUGAAAGGUCAUUCGAAGUGGAUCAUGUCACUCUGCUGGGAGCCAAUACAUCUAAAUCCAACUUCUCCGCGGCUUGCUUCCUCUUCAAAAGAUGGCAGUGUGCGUGUCUGGUCUAUUCAGACACGACGGGCCGAGUUCACAUUGGGAGGACACACCGCGAGCGUCAAUGUUGUCAAAUGGGGUGGUGUGGGUCAAGGCGUUCUGUACACGGCCAGCAGCGACAGGACCGUCAGGAUAUGGGAUGCCCAAACGGGCCGUCAACUUCACAUUUUAAAGGAUCAUGCCCACUGGGUGACCACGCUUGCCCUAAAUACCGACUUUGUUCUCCGAACUGGACCGUUCGACCACACUGGAAAGAAACCUGCUUCCGAUGAAGAAGCCCAAAAAUUAGCAUUAGCUCGAUAUACCGCCGUCCUCACCAACACCCCAGAGCUGCUCAUAUCUGGGUCAGAUGACCACACACUUUUCCUCUGGUCACCCUUCCCCACCUCUGUCGUUCAUCUACCGCCAGCCAACUCUGGCCCAUCAACUAAAACAAAACCUACUGCACGCCUUGUUGGGCACUCCCUCCAGGUGUCCCACGUCUCGUUCUCUCCAGAUGGUCGUCAUGCAGCCUCAGCAUCGUUCGAUUCUUCGGUGCGUCUCUGGGAGGGCAGGACGGGAAAAUACGUUGCUACAUUGCGUGGUCAUGUUGGCGCGGUUUAUCGCGUAGCCUGGAGUGCAGACGGGCGAGCGGUCGUCAGUUGUGGGAAGGAUAGUACUGUCAAGACGUGGAACCUCAAGACGUACAAGCUCAACAACGAUCUUCCGGGACACACAGAUGAAGUAUAUUGUGUGGAUUUUGUGGCGGACAAGAUCGUCAGUGGUGGUCGAGAUCGGACGGUGAAGAUUUGGAGAAACUAG